GACGCAUCCCAGUCUCGGUCUCACUCGAGCGCUCUUGCUGCCGCUGCACAUGGCGGAUCCUGUUGGCGAUGCUGGGGCCCCCCCUCAUUUCACAUCGCCAGCCUUCCGAAGCUCGAAACAUCGAUCGCGAAGCUCUUUGACCCGUGUAGCCUGGCCCUUUGCGGGGCUCUCUCGCUGCGCGCGGCUCGUUCCGCUGUCCGACAUACCCGCUAUUAUGAGGAGCCGGUGUGCGUAUACGAUAUCGCGGACUGCACACCUCCGACGACCAAAUCUCCCAGAGGGCCCCUGGUACUCACUGAAAGCGAAGCGAGGAUGGCCGGACGAGCAAGGGCUUCUUCUCCGUCAGAUGUCAUCUCAGACACGGUGGCGACCCGGCUCCUGCUGGAGGUUGUCUGGUCCGACGGCGUGGCCGGUUUCUGUUCCGCUGAGAACACCGUCUCCGAGGCGGGAAGGGUGCCGCCUGCAAAGAACGCGAUCGCUGCUCACUGCGUGUUACGAUUGAGCGCAUGUUGUAUACGCACGUCGUCUCGCCGCUAUGAAAGCAGUCGAGCGGUACACUGACACGGGCAUCGCGUCGGUGAUCUUGAUGCAAGUCGCACCCCAAGGAGCACAUACGUGGUGUGACCACACUCCGCUUAUGGGUGCCCAUUGGAGGCCCGGCCGCUAGUUGUUCACCACUUGAUUGUGUAGAGGUUGGUGGUAGUGGCAGUGUUCCGGGCUUUGGGCGUGGAGAUACAGAGAGGGACUGUGCUGCCAGUGAGGACGGUGUCGACGUGAGCCGACUGUCGCAAUAGGCACCUACAACGAAGGUUACGUCUCUCCGCAAAUACCACAGCAAGCGGAGGUUUCGCUGCUGUGAUGGAUGAUGAGGUAUUGCGAACUUGCCUGCUAUCCUGGCCUAUCGAAGUCGGAGAAAGAUCAGUCAGA